AUGAGUACUUCUAAAAAGAAAACCACGUAUCCAGAAGCAUAUACUUUAUUAUUAAAAUUUUAUCAAGAAGCAAAUCCAACAAAAAAAAAAGAAAAUGCUAUUAGAGAAGCACAGAACUUGUGGAAUGAGCUAAAAAGUGAUAAAAAUAAGCUAGAUAAAAAAAUUAAGUUGCUAAAACUUAAGAGUGAAAAAAAUAAAAUAGAGAGACAGCUCUUUUUUUUUAAAGCUGCUCGUCAAAGCCAAGAAUGUAAUGCAUUGAAGCUUACAGAGGAGCCAGCACAUGUUUCUCUGGCUACUAUUUUUGAAGAUACUAUUGAAAAUACUACUGAUAAUGAAACUGAUAACAGUAAGUAUAGAAAUGCUGAAGCAAUAACGUAUAGUGGUCCAACAUUUAUAAGGAUCCAUAGCAGCAAACAUGAUACUAGCACUGCCUACUCUCAUGGUAAAGAUUUUGAUGACAUAAUGAAUGAUGAGAGAUUGCAUAAUUUUACUAAAACAGAAGAUGGUCAGACUAAGCCUGUAAUUUUAAUACUAACUGAUGGAGCACCUCUUAGUCAUGAUUUAGCUGGUAUAAUACUUUUUCAUGAUACGUUUGGAUCACAUUUAAAUGAGCAACUAAAAAUAUUUGAUGAGAGGCUAGAAAAAUGUAACUUUAAAGCUGCUAGAGAGAUUUUGGCUUCUGUGUGGGAAGAUACUGUUAUUGAUGGUUAUCUAGGUUUAGUUGAAUAUGUAGAUCCUCCUGAGGAACACUAUCAAUCAAGCUUGAAUGAAAAACCUGUUACUUGGAUAGAAAAACAUACUAUAACUUGUCAUUAUAUUACUCAGGUUGUUAAAUGUGAUAACCCAAGUUGUUGUAGGCCCUUUCACAGUAGAAUUCGUCAACUUUUUCCAAAUUAUUUUUUUUCUCCUCCAAUUUUGGUUCAACAAAAACCACAUG